GUCUCAGGCUGGUUGUGGCUCGCGGGCCGUAUUUUGAGCAUUAAAUUGUCAUCUGUACUGCUAAUAACCUAAACUGCUACAAACUGUCACGCAUUUAAAUCUUGGAUAAACAUUGUUGCCACUCACAGCUUUUUAGAAUAGCAUUGAACCUAACUCGGUCAUGAGUUCAGAUUUGAAAAUUUACUUUGCUGGCAGUAUGAGGGGAGGGAGAAACGACAUUGAUAUUUAUUACAAGAUCAUUGAAAAUCUUAAACAAUAUGGCCAAGUACUGACAGAAUUUGUGGGUGAUAAAACAGUUGACUGUGAAGUAGCUCCUGUUCUUGAUGAAAUAUCUAUACAUGAUAGAGAUGUAUCUAUGUUGGAAAAGUGCAAUUGUGUGAUUGCAGAAGUGACUCAACCAUCUCUAGGGGUUGGCUAUGAAAUUGGUAGGGCAGUAGCCAUGAAGAAACCAGUUUUCUGUUUAUACCGUCCACAACAAGGAAAAUUAUUGUCUGCAAUGAUAAGGGGAGCUGACAACGGAAGCACUUUUAAAGUUACAGACUACAAUGAUGUUUCAGAGGUUCCAGAACUUCUCAAAAAUUACCUCCACUUAUUGAACUCCUUAUAGUCCACUUAUUGAUGUCAUAGAAACAUUCCAGCGUGUUAUUUUGAGUCCUUUGUUAAGUUGUCUGUAACUCUUUUGAUGGGCAUUUACUUAUAUAACACUAGUGCAAGUACUGAAUUAUAACAAAUUUGAUGUAAUUAUAGUUUAUACAUAAGCAUAAAAAAUAAAUUUAUUUUUUAAAGGAGCACCAAAGUAUAAAAUGUGUAGUAAUAAGAAUAAAAAAAUUAUUUUUGUUAUUUAAAAAAAAUUAAAUUAAUGUUAAUUGUUUUGUUAAAUUAAUGUGAAAAUUUGUUAGUUUUUUUUUAAAGAUUUGCUAUUAAUAGAUAAAUUGAUGUAUAUUUUUGUCUUGAUAGUUUUUGUAUUAAUAAAUAAAUUAAAGUUACUUUUGCUAUUCAGCGUGUAACAUAUGUGACUGCAUUUAUUUUAUGUUUCAGAUUGAUUAAAAAAAAAAGUUUUUGCAACAAAACAAACUGUUUGUAACAAAAACUUGAUUUUGUUUUGUACUAAGUAGAUUAGUUAAGUUCUUAAUAAAUUUUUUAUAGCCAUA